CGCUCGGCUGCCGCGCGUGGCCCUCGCUCCCUCUGCUCCGGCGCGCCAUGCCCGACUCCUUCUUCGAGCGCAAGCGCAAGCGGCCCGCCGCCGCCGCCGCCGCCUCGGGCUCAGGAGGCAAGGGCGGCGCCUCUUCCAGCCGCGCCGCCUCACGACCGCAGCGCAAGGCAGCCGCCACCAAGCCGGCGCGAGAUGCCGGCGGCGACGAGUCCGACGAGGGCGAGGGCGCAGUGGAGGGCAUGGACCUGCGCCACGAGUACGAGCACAGCGUGCGCAGCGAGGACGAGGACGAGCAGGAGACGCCGGCCGAGGCGCGCGUCCGCCUGGCGCGCAUGUAUGUCGAGGGCAUGCGCGGCGACGACGUCGACCCAAACGACGCUGAUGCUGCUGCGGCCGACGAGGCCAACAUUGCCUCUCGCCUCGCCAAGUCGGCCUCGUCGCACGGCACACACGUGCAUCUGCGUCUUGCCUCGCGCCUGCAGCGCCCUGCGCCGGCCGGCAUUCUCGCCACGCGCGGCCACUCGCUCUCCGUCACAUGCGCCGUGACUUCGUCGCGCAGCGACAGCCUCUACACGGCCUCCAAGGACGGCUCCAUCGUGCGCUGGUCGCUGCGCGACGGGCACAUGGUGGCGCGCACUCUGCCUCGCAGCCGCGCCACGACGGGCGAAGAUGCCGCUGCCGCCCCUGCUCCUCGUGCGUCGAGCAGCCGCAAGAGUGGAGCCGCGCGCCGCGCCGCUCGCGCACGCGGAGCAAAUGCUGUGCCGAGCUCCGUCGUUGGAGAGGCAGAGGGGCAUACCGACGAGGUGUGGAGCCUCGCGCUGACCGACGACGCCAGCCUGCUCGCCUCGGGCGGCCCGGAUCGUCGAGUCGCGCUGUGGUCUUUGGAGCCUAUCACCGCGAGCACGUCGUUGGCCCUGCGACGGGAAGAGCGUGCUGCCAGCUCGCCGGCUCCACGAUGGCUCAGCGGCCUGGGCGGGCACAAGGAUGCAGUGACGGCGCUGGCGUUCCAGAUGGGCUCUAGCCAGCUGUUGAGCGCCAGCAAUGACCGCACGCUCAAGCUGUGGGACGGCACGCAGCGCUCCUACAUCGAGACGCUCUUCGGCCACCAAGAGCCGGCGCUCAGCGUCAGUGUGCUGCGCGGCGAAGUGGCGGCCUCUGCGGGCGGCCGGGAUCGCACCGUGCGCUGGUGGAAGAUCAGAGACGAGAGCCAGCUCGUCUUUCGCGCCGGCGCGCGCAGCCGCGUGCGCGAGGUCAUCGAGGGCGGCAGCUGGGAGAAGGCGGACAAGGACGAGGGAGAGCAGAUUGUAGAGGGCAGUGUGGAGUGCGUGGCGAUGGUCGACGAGCACUGCUUCAUCAGCGGCGGCGACAGCGGCGCACUCUCGCUCUGGUCGCUGUCAAAGAAGAAGCCCGUGCACACAAAGGCUGCCGCGCACGGCUUUGACGCCCUUGCGUCUGGCGGCACGGCGACUGGCUCUGCGCCUUCUCCGCGCGCCAUCACGGCCGUAGCAUGUCUUCCCUACUCUGACGUCUUCGCCAGCGGCUCGUGGGACGGCGAAGUACGCCUCUGGGGCCUGGACCAGGGUCUGCGCACCUUCUCUCUUCUGUUCUCUGUUCCCGCCGUCGGCUUCGUCAACAGUCUGCAGCUCGUGCGACCGCGUCUGGCGCCCCUGGCCUCCAGCUGGCGUCGGCGGGGCGGCCUUACGGCAGCCACUGCCUCCUCCGAGUCCGACGUGCCGGGCCCGGCAGAGGAGGCGAAUGGCGAUGCCAAUGGCACGGCGGCGGAGCCCGUGGCCAAGAAGGAACGCAGCCCGCUCCUGGUCGUCGCGCUGGGACAGGAGCCAAGACUGGGCCGCUGGAUGCGCCAGCCGGCGGCGCGCAACGGCGCACUCGUCGUUCCGCUCGCGCUCUCCUAAUGGGAACCUUGUACGAGUGGCCCUAGCAGCUGUAGCUCCGUGUGUGAAACGCGAGGGCAGCAGGUCUUUCUCUCUCUCUCGGAGCGCAGCGCCUGUGCGAGGUAAAGAUGACUUGAAGGCUGCAAAGACUA